AUGGACAUGUGGCUCUGCGUCAAGCGAGCCAUUAAUGCCGCCGAGAAGGCGAAGAAGGCAUACGAAGACGGCAGAGCGAAGGUUGCCGAGGCCGGCAAAGCCAUCCAAGCUCAGGCGAACUUGGCGAAGGACAUGCAGGCUGCCGAACGGCAGGUAAAAGUUUAUCAAGCCAAGCUCGGCGAGAUGUCGGCAGCCUUGGAGGCGGCGCAGCUGACGGCAAAGGAGGCUCUGGAGUCGAAGGAGGCGAUCCAGGUGGCUUUGAGGAGUCCGAGCGGGUCAGGGCUUUCGAGGUCGAGGCUGCCGUUCAGGAGGCGAUACGGGGCUACCGUCGGUCUACCGAGUUUUCUACCUUGCUGGACAAGGAGGUAG